GCGGUAGGCGCCUAGGGCGGAGGCCGCCUUUGGGUGACCCCUGCCUGCCGCGUUAUCCGGAGCUACCCUGGGCGACCAGGAACAGUUCCGACAUUGGAGUAGCGGUUCGCUUACGCGACCUCACUUAACCUCUGUGGCGGCUUCUAUAGAAUAAUUGCCCCUUUUCAUGUCCCCAACUCCGAAAAGCUCCGAGAAACUUGGUGCAUCCCCAGGCCGAGGUAGUCACUCUUAAGUGAUGGGGCAGCGCCCAGGUCCUGUGCUGCCAGUCGCGCUGCUGGGACAGGUGGCCUGGCUCCCACACUGGAAGGCUGUGACCAGGACUGAAACAGGAAACAGUUCAGGUGUUUAUGGCUCUGGGAAAAUGAAAAUAUUUGUCAAAUAUUUUCAGAAGAUGGCUGAUCCUUGGCAGGAAUGCAUGGAUUAUGCAGUAACUCUAGCAAGACGAGCUGGAGAGGUAGUUUGUGAAGCUCUAAAAAAUGAAAUGAAUGUUAUGCUGAAAAGUUCUCCAGUUGAUUUGGUAACUGCUACAGACCAAAAAGUUGAAAAAAUGCUUAUCUCUUCCAUAAAGGAAAAGUAUCCAUCUCACAGUUUCAUUGGUGAGGAAUCUGUGGCAGCUGGAGAAAAAAGUAUCUUAACCAACAACCCCACAUGGAUCAUUGACCCUAUUGAUGGAACAACUAACUUUGUACAUAGAUUUCCUUUUGUAGCUGUUUCAAUUGGCUUUGCUGUAAAUAAAAAGAUAGAAUUUGGAGUUGUGUACAGCUGUGUGGAAGACAAGAUGUACACUGCCAGAAAAGGAAAAGGUGCCUUUUGUAAUGGUCAAAAACUACAAGUUUCACAACAAGAAGAUAUUACCAAAUCACUCUUGGUGACUGAGUUGGGCUCUUCCAGAACACCAGAGACUGUAAGAAUUGUUCUUUCUAAUAUGGAAAAACUUUUUUGCAUUCCUGUUCAUGGGAUCCGGAGUGUUGGAACAGCAGCUGUUAAUAUGUGCCUUGUGGCAACUGGUGGAGCAGAUGCAUAUUAUGAAAUGGGAAUUCACUGUUGGGAUGUUGCAGGAGCUGGCAUUAUUGUUACUGAAGCUGGUGGCAUACUAAUGGAUGUUACAGGUGGACCAUUUGAUUUGAUGUCACGAAGAGUAAUUGCUGCAAAUAAUAGAAUAUUAGCAGAAAGGAUAGCCAAAGAAAUUCAGGUUAUACCUUUGCAACGAGACGAUGAAGAUUAAUUACGGCAGCCUCAUAGUCAAUCCCAGUUGCUUUUCCCCAGACUUGGUGACUCAUCGAUGGAUAUGUGUUUUGGAUGUAUGAUAUGCUUGGUUUAGAUUCUCUUUGACCAGGUUAAAAAUUUGGAACUUGUUCCUUAUUUUACUAUGACUAGGUUUGCAAGAAUUGACAUAAUGUUUGUUUCACUGAUUUAAAACAUUUUGCACGUAAGGAUGUACUUUAGAAAACAUACCCAGGAAGUACAGUUGAUAAAUAUAAUAUCAACUGAAAUAGUCAAUUAGCAAUUUUGUGUUUCUAAAUAUCUAUGGUCCCCUGAAAUUUUGACUUACUAUAUAGGUGCAGAGACACCCACUUAGAAAGUUAACUGUUCGGAAAAACAUUUCUCUUUAGUUUCAAAAACCAUAUAUAAUUAAAUUUGUAAGGACAUACUGAGUACCCUAGGCCAACAUUUUUUUCUUUGCAGAGAACCUUUUGUGUUUUAUUCUUCAGUGUUCAUAUAGCACCUGGCCCAUUAUAUGUCUGGGCAACUAAAAACAAACAUUGUGAGAAUGAAUAUUUUUAAGGUAGUAAUUCCUAGUUAUAAUAGAUACAUAAAGUAAUGAACUCAGCAUUCUGUAUUUUUGCUUCAGGUUUGAAAUAAAAAUUAUCUAGUUAAAUUUUUUAUGUUUCACAUUACCAUGCCAUCAGAUAGCAUUGCUUAUUGUGGGCAUUUCUGCAGUGAAUACAUUUUCCAAAACAGUUAAAUUGUCAGUUUGGAUUUGCUUUAAAGUCCUGUAUAAGAGAGAAGAAACUAUUUCUAUAAUACAAAGCACUCUCAUCAGAUAUCUGACAUAAUUAGAUAUAAUAUAACAUUUUACUAAGUUCAGUAGGUGUUUAUACUGAUUUGAUUGUGCUGGCAAAUAUACUGUAUUGUUAAUAUUGAACUAUUUAUUUUUCUCUUAGUCUUGUUAAUUAACUUCAUUGCCGCUGGAUUCUCUUCAGCCUUUAAAAAUAUUUCUUAGUGGUCAUUGCUCUGCAGAACUCAAAUAGAAAAUUGUACUGGUUCAUAGAUAUUUUUAAAGGGUUAAUUUAUUGUUCAGCCUUAUCCCUUGGCAUGUGAACAGACUACUAGACUUAUUGUAGGUUCACAUGAGCUUUGUGUUGUAAAAUGAAAAGUGCUUCUAUAAAGUUUUCAAGGUAGGGAGUGAUUUUAUUGUUGUUUAUAUCUAAUAUAUUAAAGAUGUGUGAUACUAAGGUUUAAGUGCUAUAAUUACUAUGUUUGUACUGUUGAUCACAUGUACUUAAAACAUCUGAUACUGUAUUCUUGGCUGGACGUGGUGGCUCACACCUAUAAUCCCAGCACUUUGGGAGGCCGAUGCAGGUGGAUCACAAGGUCAGGAGAUCGAGACCAUCCUGGCUAACACGGUGAAACCCUGUCUCUACUAAAAAUACAAAAAAUUAGCUGGGCAUGGAGGCGGGUGCUUGUAGUCCCAGCUACUUGGGAAGCUGAGGCAGGAGAAUGGCAUAAACCCAGGAGGUAGAGCUUGCAGUGAGCUGAGAUCGUGCCACUGCACUCCAGCCUUGGCAACAGAGUGAGACUUCGUCUCAAAAAAAAAAAAAAAAAAAAAAAAAAAAAUCUGAUACUGUGUUCUAAGGUUGCACGUUGUUUUUGCAAUUAAAUUUAUUUUAAUUAAGAUGAUCAUGAAUAAAACUUUAAAUUAAUUGGUGUUUGUAUUAUUGUUCCCAUUAUAGUUAUUAUUUUUAGAUUUAGGAUCUCACUCUGACUGUGCUGUGGUGCAGUCAUAGCUCACUGUAUCCUCAAAUUCCUGGGCUAAAAUGAUCCUCCUCUUUCAGUCUUCUGAGUCUCUUAUGGGACUAUAAGUUCAUGCCACCAUGCCCUGCUAAUGUUUUACUUUUAUUUUUGUAAAGAUGGAGUCUUCCUAUGUUUUCCAGGCUCCUUGGCCUCCCAUAGUGCUGGGAUUACAGAUGUGAGCCACCGAUCCAGGCCAUGAUAUUUACAUUAUUAAAGUUAAUAGUUCAAACUACUUUUAGAGGCUUUGUUUUGUUUUUGUUUUUUGAAGACAGUGUCUUGCUCUUCUGCUCAAACAGGAAUGCAGUGGCAUGAUCACCACUCAUUGCAGUCUCAACCAUCUGUGCUCAAGCAGUCCUCCCACCUCAGCCUCCCUAGUAACUGGAACCACAGGCACAUGCCACCAUGCCUGGCUAAUUUUUUAUUUUUUGUAGAGACAGAAUCUUCCUAUGUUGCUUAGGCUGGUCUCAUUGGGCUCAAGUGAUCCUCCUGCCUCAGCCUUCCAAAGUGCUGGAAUUACAGAUGUAAGCUAUUGUGCCCAACAUACUUUUAGAGGUUUUUGUGUUGAGUUACAAAUAUUUGAAACUUGCAAAUAUUAUUUAAUAUACGUUCUUAUUUUUUGCCUGUAAUCUUUCCAACUUUUCUAAAAACCUACAUUUUUUUUAUAAUAGCUUUUACAUCUAUUUAUUCUAAAUGCAAUUGAA